UGAAAGAUUGAAAGAGAAAAUGAAAGAGCAAAAAGGUCCCUACCUCCUCCUGGGCUUCUGCAGCCCACUCCUCUGAUCUCCUUAGCCCAGGGAGCUGCAGCUGCCUGGGUGCCCAGUACUGCCAUGGGGGAAUGGGCCUUCCUGGGCUCCCUGCUGGACUCAGUGCAGCUGCAGUCUCCCCUGGUGGGCCGCCUGUGGCUGGUGGUUAUGCUGAUUUUCCGAAUCCUGGUGCUGGCCACGGUGGGAGGUGCCGUGUUCGAGGAUGAGCAGGAGGAGUUCGUGUGUAAUACUCUGCAGCCUGGGUGUCGCCAGGCCUGCUAUGACCGCGCCUUCCCCAUCUCCCAUUACCGCUUCUGGCUCUUCCACAUACUGCUGCUCUCUGCUCCUCCCGUGCUGUUUGUCAUCUACUCAAUGCACCAGGCCAGCAAGGGCCCCAGCCCCCAAGGGAAUGGGGAGAGGGAGCAGGAGGAGGGAGAUGGCAACCACAGCCAGCACCGGGCAGGGCCCCGGGCUCGCCACUGCUACCUGCUGAGCGUGGCACUGCGUCUGCUGGCCGAGCUGGGCUUUCUGGCAGGGCAGACGCUGCUGUACGGCUUCCAGGUGGCACCGCACUUUCUCUGCACUCAGACCCCGUGCCCCCACACCGUGGACUGCUUUGUCAGCCGGCCCACGGAAAAGACAGUGUUUGUGGUCUUCUACUUUGCAGUGGGGCUUCUCUCUACCCUCCUCAGUGUGGCCGAGCUGCUCCAUCUCUUCUGGAAGGGGCAACGAAGCCGAGACAAAGAUUCCCUGUGGCCGGGCAAGGGGGGCACGGGGGAGAAAGAUAACCACUGCAACCAGGAGCAGGAAGAGGCCCAGAAACUUCUCCUGCCACUCUCCCCCCCAGGAAGGGCCCCUCCACUGGGUCCUGCUCCGGACGCCCCACCUGCCUAUGCCCACAAGCUGAAACAGAGUGGCAGUGAGAUCAGCACCAGCAGGAGCAAGUCCUCAGUGUCCACAGUCAGAGAGGACCUAUCCAUCUAAAGAGGCACCCUGCCCCUAGCUCGAAGAUGGGGGCAUCUGUGAGGUGGGAGAAAUGAAGAUGUGGUAACAGGCCAACCUCUGCCCUGGAUGGUCAAGAGCAGGAAGCUGGUGGCUUGGGGAAGAGGAUCCUGGAUACAAAGCCAGGAAAUCUGCAUUUAAUCCAGAUCUUGCCUCUGAUUUGCAGUGUGGCCUUGAGCCACUCGCUUCCUCUCCUGGGUCUGAGGUUGCUGCUCUAUAAAAUGAUGGGGAGGGAUAUUUAAAGUUCCUUCUUAGCUCUAACAGUCUAUGGUUCUAUCUGUCCCUUUGAGGUCAAUGGUAGAGAAGGCUUAGGGCGAGGCAUUCCCACCCUCCAGGUUCCCCCAGGUAACUCCCCAGACAGAAUACAAGAACCCUACUUGCAUUGUGGACUAUGGGGUGUGCUGUAGGACUACCGGAGGUAUGGAAAAGGGGGAGAGACUGGGUGAACAGGCUGCUUGUUAUCUUGUAGACCACCACAACAAUUGUGAUUUGUGGUCAGCAUUAACUAGACUCUGCAUUUCACGUUAUGCCACCUUAGGGCUAUUGUGUGGGCUUGUGUCUGGUGUAUGGUGUGAUGGUGUGCCUAUGUUACUAAUGUUACUCUCAGGGCCUCAAGCAGAGCAGAAAGAUAUGCUUGCCAGCUUUCGCUCAGUCCCAAAGACCCAAGGCUCUUCUACACAAAAUCAUCCUCUUCUCACAUUAGCAAAGUAGGCAAAGCUGGAAGGCAGGUAGGGCAUGUCCCACCCCAGGCUGUGUGGUGCCCUGUUAAGAUGGCCCAAGAUGUUCGUUAUGACCCAGUUUCCCUUCAACCUACUGGGGAUGAGAAACUCAUAGCAUGAUUUUUCCUCUCUGCAACCCCAGUCUACCCACUUGUUUCUCAGUGCAAAUGUAUUCGUUGGUCCGUCUCUCUGUCCUGUGUGUGUUUUCUUCUCCCUUCUGAAUUAUCACAGCAAAUAGAGUGCUAUAUUUGGAGUCAGAGGUGUGUUUAGUUGCUUCAGCUACACCUGACUCUUCAUGACCCCAUUUGGGGUUUUGUUGGCAGAUGUUGAAGUGGUUUGUCAUCUCCUCCUCCA